CUCGUGGGAAAAUUGCCAGGUUGCCAGCCACCGAGGUAUUCAUCCCAGCCACUCUAUUACCCACCCAACUCCAUCGGUAUCAGAGAGGAAGAAACGGACAAGGAGGGGGAAUAAGGAUCUUGUUCCUUCCAUUUUAUUCAACCUCAAAUAUAAUAAGUUAACUGCCGCCUAUUUGCCGUGUUUUUCGAGCUCUUAUCGUUGUUAUCAGAACUGCCAGCCGCCGCCAAUCAUCAUCGUUUCUUGGCGGCUUGACCACCGCUGAUCGUUUUGGCGCCACAACACUCGUGAAUUCUUCGAAACAUCGGCAAACCUGGCAAACCAUCCAAGGAACUUAAGGAGGAGAGGUAGUACCCUGGCCAUAGGAAAGCUGUGUGUCAGGUCGUCUCCCCCAACCUCGAGACCUCAACCUGCCUCGGAGAGCAGGUUCUGAACUUCGCUAGCUGUUUAUAUACUCGUUGAGCCAGAAAGCGCCGCCCAAUCGAGUUCAACGGCUUUCGACCCAAUACGUGGUGAUUGCAGGUUGGCAAAUAAACGCACAACUAGUCUCGGUUUUGAGGGGCUGCUAGAAUCGUACACCAACAUCUCACCGUUUCAACCAACCUCUAUAUCCAAUGCUCAACACCGAAUCGAGACCAAGACAUCCUUCUCCAAUAGUCCGCAACCUGACGUUUGCCCACAGCCACUCUACGAGCCAACUUCCUAAUGGCAAACGAUCCAUCUACCCAAUGCACGGAGAUAGCGCAAGUUCAAUAGAUGCUCCAACGGCUUCCAAGUUGGGUGCAUCCUCCAAAACCACAACUUGUUCGAAGACAACAAAUACGUACCCUCGCCCAAUCCACCAUAGAGCGAAAACCGAAAUUCUUUCUUUCCCAUCUACUAAAACCAGCCCUAAUGGCACCGGAUACUUAGACCUUGAAGAGGUUAAUCUGGAGCCUAGCAUUGCAGAAAAUCCUACGUCACCGCCGAAAUUAAACCGCCAAACGACGCUAUUCAAAGGUCUUUUCCAAGGGGGAUCUGCUUUAGUUCCCUUUGGCCAAAUACCUUCUUAUAACGCUAAAGAUACCUGCAACGCCGACAGGACCGACAAAACAACGCAAAUGGCAGAACCACUCUCUUCACAACCUCAAAGCAAAUUCACAAAGAAGAUAAGCAUGCCUUCCCCACUUAGACAAAUGAGCUACACUUCUCGAUUUUCGCUUUUUGGCUCCAAAACUCAGGACUCGAAACAAAAUCAACUACCUGACCCUGCAGUCGAUGAGUUUCUAAAUCUCGAUGCCGGCUCCGAGCUUUUCCCAGAGGGCUCGACCGAUCUUCCGACACCUGAAGCCCUCAAAAGUCUCCAGCAUAACGCAGAGCGUGUAAUUAGACGACUCCAGUCUGCAUAUAAAUCACGGACGUUCGCACUUCACCAAACACUAGCAGAAAAAUCGUCGCUAGGAGAAGAGCUACAAGAGACGCAUUCACGUCUACGUAACAUCAAAAAUCAACUGGACGGGAUGGCAGAAAAAGUACACGAACAGGACAAAGCUAUGAAAGCGAUGGCAGAGGAACUUAAACUGGAGCGCCAAAUGCGCCAAGAGGAAGAGGAAGCACGACAACGAAAUAUUAUUCUUGACACGGAGUCCGAACCGUCACAGGAUCACAACAGUGACCACAGCUGCAAUUGCACCAUCCGAGAAAGAGCCAGAGACGGCUUAGAAGUCAAAUCUAUAAGUCGUCAUAACAAACGCUCUAGCGGGGUCACAUUCUCCAGCGACUCAGGCUUCGAAUCCAGCGACGAGAGCAUCGCUGAAAGUAUAUUUUCACGAAAAUGUGACAAUCCGGAUUCACCCUCGACAUUAGCGACGAGGGCCUCCGGCACCUCAUCGCCAGAUAUCAGCGUCUCUGUUGGGACGCAACCUCCAGUGCCAUCCAAAUCGCCAAAACCCGCGCCAAAACCCGCGCCAAAACCAUCCGCUUAUGACAGAAUGCUCAGGAGUAUCUCGUCAGCAAACCUUGGGGUUUCUCUUAUGGGUUCGAGCGCGUUUUCUACAUCCAAAUGCUCCAACUGCCACGGCGCCACCGCGUCAGAUGCGUGGGGUGUGGUUUCCGUGCUUCAGGAGGAAAAUCGGGGGCUCAAAAAUAGGAUUGAGGAAUUGGAGGUUGCUAUUGAUGAGUGUAUUACGCUCGCUGGUGGUUGA